AUGAUCGUCAGAGUCGCUCACUUAUCAAGGCCGGAGAUGCCGCCUUCUGGCCACCACGACAAUUCACAACGGUGGUCUUGGCGGUAUCUGUGGAAUCAACGAGUUCCUCGACGCUGGAUUAAGAUGCUUUCCCUACUCGCCUUGGUAGUUUUCUUCUCCGCCGGUCUCGGUGUGAGUAUUAUGCAGAGAGAUCAAACUUUUGAAGAUGGUCGCACGUUGCAAGAUCUCGGAAAUGAUCAGGACAUAAACCAUUUCCCUCCCACCCGCCAGACACAACAACACACUCAUGAUCCUACUAUCAUCCGUGUGGGUAAUGUGUACUAUCUUUACAAUGUUGGCGAGCACAUGUUCAUUCAUACUGCGCCCAGCAUGUCUGGCCCUUGGAAGCAUGUUGGCAACGUUCUGGAUGCUAACAGUGUGAUUCCAAAGGGUGAUCGUGCUGCACCUUGGGCCCCGACAGUGAUAGUGGUGGGCAACACAUACUACUGCUAUUACAGUGUUAGUAAAGCCGGGUGCCGCGACAGUGCUGUCGGCGUGGCCACAUCUAACUCCCCGGGUCCCGGCAACUGGCACGACCACGGCAUCGUCAUUGAAACCGGCACGGGCAAUGGAUCUGACAUCUAUCCCUACACUGUGUCAAAUGCCAUUGACCCUAGCACAUUAGUCACCCCUGAUGGACAAGCCUAUUUGACGUUUGGAAGCUACUGGAAUGGCAUUUUUCAAAUCCCCUUGGGCAAAGACCUCAUCUCUCCUGCCAGCACUACCCAGCCCGAUGCCCGCCAACUGGCAUGGGAGCCGAAGUCUCUCGGCAAGCCGAACCGCAUGGCCAAUACCAUCUGCGGUGACCCAACUGGUCCCCACGCCAUUGAAGGUGCUUUCAUUUCUUACAACAAUGGAUGGUAUUAUCUCUGGUACAGCCAUGGGUUCUGCUGCAACCUGAAGGCAGAUAACCUGCCACCCGCAGGACAAGAGUAUUCCAUUCGUGUCGGACGCUCCAAGAGCCCUCGCGGUCCGUUCACCGACAAGGCCGGUACAGACCUUGUCAAAGGUGGUGGUGAAGUUGUCUACGGGUCGAACAGAGAGACCUACGCUCCAGGUGGCCAAGGAAUUCUCCGUGAUGGCAAUACUGAUGUUCUUUACUACCACUAUUUGAACAAGACGGUCGGCAUUGCAUUCCCGGAUGCUUUCCUUGGAUUCAAUCCUCUCAAAUAUGUCGACGGAUGGCCUGUCGCUCAGGCCUGA